AUGGCUUCCACCAACGUGUCUAGCGCCGGGACAGGCAGAGCCCGCGUGGAUGCCCCAGCGCCAGCGGGACUAGGCUCCUCCAAGGCCUCCUCGUCAGCGCUUCGGCUCAUCCAGCACAAGAGGGAGGCAUUGUGGUUCUACCGCUUCAUCUCCAUCGGCUAUGACCACGUCUUCAACCCGGGCCAGUAUACCGAGGACAUGCGCGACGUUGCCAUGGAUGAGCACGCCGACCUCCGCAGGCCGAACCUCAAGGUCGUCGACGUCGGCGGUGGCACAGGGUUCACCACGCUGGGCAUCGUCAGGCACGUCGACCCGGAGAACGUCACGCUGAUCGACCAGUCGCCGCACCAGCUCGACAAGGCCAGGCAGAAGAAGGCCCUCAAGGGCGUCAAAAUCAUGGAGGGCGACGCCGAGGACCUUCCCUUCCCGGCUGACACGUUCGACCGAUACGUCUCCGCUGGCAGCAUCGAGUAUUGGCCCGAUCCACAGCGGGGGAUCAAGGAAGCCUACAGGGUAUUGAGUACUGGUGGCCUAGCUUGCAUCAUUGGCCCUGUACGCCCAACAUUUUGGUUAUCCCGCUUCUUCGCUGAUAUGUGGAUGUUGUUUCCUAUGGAACAAGAGUAUAUUGAAUGGUUCGAGAGAGCAGGGUUCAAGGAUGUUGAACUCAAGAGAAUUGGGCCAAAAUGGUAUCGUGGUGUUCGUAGGCAUGGCCUGGUCAUAGGAUGCUCUGUCACCGGUAUCAAGACAGAAAGCGGAGACUCCCCUUUACAGCUUGGUCCAAAGGCCGAGGACAUCAACAAGCAUGGAAAUCCUAUCCUUGUCUUCGUUCGCUUCCUCAUAGGGACGAUAUGUGCUACCUACUUCUUUCUGGUGCCUAUUUACAUGUGGAUAAAGGACAAGAUUGUGCCACGUGGCAUGCCGAUCUAAGGAAGGGGAAUAGAGCCGCCAGAAGGACAGAAGAGUCUAUGUCCGACUUAGCCUCCUCUAUGCUAGGCACUCUUAAUACCUUUUAUAUUUCAUGUUGUGUAUUUAUGGAUGUAAUAUACACAUAAUUUUCCUAGAAGGGAAAUCUCUGAAUUUUUCAUUAUCUAUUGGACUUGUAGUCCAAGAAGGUGGCCAAUUGCUUUAACCCCACAAGAAGGUCAUCUCUAUAAAUAAAAGGGUGGUUCUAUUUA